AUGAAGCCAGGCAGCGUGGUUCCAGCCUGUGAUGGUUUCCUCCUCCCUUGGGAAGGUGGAAAUGGCCCCAGCAAAAGGCAGAAAGAGACACAGCUGGUGAGGAGGGCAGGACCGGUGGCCACACUGAGCUUAGGAGAUCAGGAGGAGUCAGUGGCCUUUGAGGACUUCACCCAGAACCAGCGGGCCGGCCUGGACCCCGCGCAGAGGGCCCUGCACAGGGAGGUGAUGCUGGAGAAUUAUGCAAAUGUGGCCUCCCUGGCAGCAUUUCCAUUCCCCAGACCAGAUCUGAUAUUCCAGAUGGAGUGAGGGGACGGACCCCAGGGCCUGGAUCCGUGGACACCCGUGGGGGUGGAGGCCCUGAGAAGUGUCUGCGCAGGGGGUAAAACCAAGGCUGAGGAGGAGGAGGAAAUGCUGAAGCUGAACAUUGCUAAAGAACCAGAGUGUGCCAGGCUCACAGCAGAGGUGCUGCUGAUGGGUGCUGCCCAGCACCCUCACUUUAAGGGCUGCUUCUAGAAGGCAUCACUGUGUGACACGGGGAAGAGAAACUCAAAGAAAGGAGAUUUCACAGACUUGACAGUCCACGAUCAUAAACUCUCCACCAUUGAUAGAGAAGGGAUAGCCAGGAAGUUGGAAGGUAGCAGUGGUGUCGGCACACAUCUCAUUACGAAGCAGGGCCUACCUAGAGAACAGGUGUGUUAUAAAUGCAGUGAGUGUGGCAGGUAUUUCAACCAACAUUCAGACCUUCACCAGCAUCAGGGAAUUCACACUCGCGAGAAGCCCUACCAAUGCAAAGAAUUUGGGAAAGCCUUCAGAUGUAACUCAAAACUGUCACAGCACCAGAAAAUCCACACUGGGGAGAACUACUUGUGUCAGGAAUGUGGACAAGCCUUCAGUCAAAACUCCCACCUCCUUCAGAAUCAGAAACUCCAUGGUGGGAAGAAGCCCUGUGACUGUAAGGACUGUGGGAAAACCAGCUACAACUCAAAGCUGAUUCGGCACCCACGAAUCCACACUGGGGAGAAACCCUUUAAAUGUAAGGACUGUGGGAAAGCUUUCAGGUGUAGCUAUGACGGCAUCAUCCAUGAGCAAAUUCACACUGGGGAGAAGCCCUACAAAUGCACAGACUGGGGGGAAAAUUUCAGUUUGAAUUCAGUCCUGACUCAGCAUCAGAGGCUCCACAUGGGGGAGAAACCUUAUGAAUGUAAGGAGUGUAGCAAGGCCUUCCGCCAGAGUUCAGCAUUUCUUCAGCACCAGCGGUUUCACACGGGGGGAAAAGUCUAUAAAUGCAAUGAAUGUUGGAAAACAUUCAGCUGUAGCUCCCGCUUUAUCGUACAUCACAAGAUCGACACCGGGGAGAAACCUUAUGAAUACCAGUGUGGGCAGGCGUUCAAUCAGAAAAUCACCCUGGUUCAGCAUCAGCGAGUUCACACUGGGGAGAAACCUUAUGAGUGCAAGGUGUGCGGGAAAACCUUCAAAUGGAGUGCAAGUUUCAUUCAGCAUCCGAAGUUUCAUACCAGGAAGAAACCUGCCCAUGUCACUGGGCCAUCUGCAGUUAAGCCCCAUUCUCCUUCAGUCCCCUCCCUUCUGCCUCCCCAGCGUGUGUGCCCUGCUCUGGCCAUGCCAUCUUCGUCGCCUGCAGUGAUGCGUUCUCCCUCUGUGCCUCUCUUCAUGCUGCUCCCCUCAUCUGAAACGGCCAGUUCUUCACCUGUCCAAACAGUACAUUUCUUUCAGGAUCUUGCUUCUCCAGGGAAGCCAUUACCUCGUAGCCUGAACCUUUGUCGCACUGCCUGUGAGCUCCCUCAUGUUCUCAACUUGCAGUGCACCUACAGUUAUGUUUCCACUGGCUCCUGAUCAUGUCUUUAUCGAGGCUCCUCUGAUCUUGUGUAAGUCAUGAUUGUUUUCUCAACUCCAUCUUAAGUUCUCAUACUUAAGGACCAUGUUGAUUAUUCUCUUCUAUCCCCUGGGCGGGAAAUGGUCGUAUUUUUCCUUUACAGUGUCCAGUGUUGAACUAUUCCAUCAGUCUGUACCUGCCUUCUGGGGCUACAGUUGGAAAUUUGCAGAACAUUCUGGAUUUUAAGAGUACAGCAUUACAAUGAGAUAGGCGUUAUAAUUUGAGAAAUAGGAGGAAUGCAAAGCCCAUGAGAGGAAGAAAUCAGAGAAAGUAUCCAAUGAUUGCCUUCAGGAUUUAAGGAGGGCCAUUUGGUGGGCUAGGCGUGAGGCUCACUGUGAGGAAUCUGAGCCUUGAACUUUUUAUUACCUUGAUAAUGACCAUUCGGAGGAUCCUGUGUAACUAAGCAGUAGACCAAGAAAAUAGUCAGUGAAAAGAAUAUGAUUGGAAGGAGAUGUGUUUUUUCUGUUUGAGUUCCUUUGCUAUUUCCACCCAUAUCGCUGUUUAAUUUUAGUGCCUGCUCAAAUAUGUAGGUACAAAAAUGACUUGGGAUUGUGCACUUUAGGGCAGGUGCCUGGGUACAGUAACCUACAAACUCUACAUGGGGUGAAUGUGGUGCCCUCACACUGGUGAGCACCAGAGGGAAGAAGAGAAACCCAACAAUGACUUGUGGAGCUCCUGCCUCAGAAGAGUCCAUUUCUGAUCAAGUAUCGUGCAUGCCCUUGGACACAUCCUCACACCUACUCUGUGUCCCGUGAUUAAAUCUGAAUUUGUGAGUCGUG